CUCGCCUGCGUGCGUGCUAGAGGGAUGGGCCCUGAGCUCCUGGCCACAGUUGGCCCUGACUCGCCUCCUGCCCCAGGUAUCGAGGAGCUGUGCACCAAGCGGGAUGAGCUGAGCCAGCAGAUCCAGCACGAGGAGGAGGAGAAGAGCAAGCUGCAAAACGACAUCCGGCUCCUGACCGAGAAGCUGGCCCGCGUCAACGAGAGCCUGGCUCGCAAGAUGGCCACCCGCAACGAGUUUGAGAAAACCAUCGUCGAGACCGAGGCCGCCUACACGAAGAUCCUGGAGAGUUCCCAGACGCUGCUCAAUGUGCUGAAGAGGGAAGCAGGGAAUCUGAGCAGAGCCACAGACCUGAAAAGUAGCAUCACGAAGGAGAGCUGAGCACGUGGACUCGAGUGUUCUGGGGGUCACUCUGGGAAGCCGCAGCGUCCCUGGCCAGCAUGCUGAGCGCGUGACCUGGGGGAAGCAAUGGCUAAUAAAAUCUUUGUUUUGCAGAA